GUGUUCCGCCUCACCGCCAAUACCCCAACCAACCAAUCUGCAACCUCCAACAUCCACCUCCACUUCCCCAUCACCCACACCUCCCCCAAAACUCUCAACCCUCCACCCUCCACCCACCACCCACUGAAACCAUUCCCUCAGAGGAGCUGGUCUUUCACUACUACCCCCAUCCAUCUCCUUCACAUCAUCCACUUUUCAUCAGCUCGUCGCAAUCAUGUUGCGGUCGACUCUUCGUUCAUCGCGCCGGAUGGGCGGCUCUCUGAACCCACGGUGCGGCCUCGUUCGGCAACCCGCCACAGCUUACCAGUCAUCGCUAUCUACACGACCCACCGCCUGCGGCUCAUUAUCGACAUACCCAAAACCUGUUGCGGUACAAAAACGACAUUACGCUGCCAUCCCCGGCGUGGAUCCGAACGAUGCUUUCUUACAAGGAAACACCGCGAACUACAUCGAUGAAAUGUACAUGGCGUGGAAAAAAGACCCCACCAGCGUCCACAUCUCAUGGCAGGUCUACUUUCGCAACAUGGAAGGCAACGGCCCCGCUUCGCAGGCGUUCCAGGCUCCCCCCACUAUUGUUCCCACCGCUACCGGCGGCAUCCCAUCGAUCGUCCCCGGCGCCAACCUCGGCGGUAACACUGACGUCACCAAGCACUUGAAGGUACAGCUCCUCGUCCGCGCCUACCAGGUUCGUGGUCACCACAAAGCAAAGAUCGAUCCUCUUGGCAUUCGCUCGGAUGCAGAUCUGCGACAGGCCAGGCCGCGAGAGUUGGAACUGGACCACUACCAGUUCAACGAGAGGGACCUGGACGACGAGUACACUCUUGGACCCGGUAUCUUGCCCAGAUUCGCUACCGGAGGUCGGGAAACGAUGACUCUGAGAGAGAUCGUGGCCGCGUGCGAGAAGAUCUACUGUGGUUCUAUCGGAAUAGAGUACGUGCACAUUCCCGACAGGGACCAGUGCGACUGGAUCCGUGAGCGUGUCGAGAUCCCCACUCCGUACAAGUACAACCAGGACGAGAAGCGCAGAAUCCUGGACCGUCUCAUUUGGUCUUCCUCAUUCGAGACCUUCCUUUCCACGAAAUACCCCAACGACAAGCGAUUCGGACUCGAGGGCUGUGAGGCCUUGGUUCCAGGAAUGAAGGCUUUGAUCGAUCGCUCUGUGGACUAUGGUGUAAAGGAUGUCGUCAUCGGUAUGCCCCAUCGUGGUCGUCUCAACAUCUUGUCCAACGUCGUGCGGAAACCCAACGAGUCGAUCUUCAGCGAGUUCAGCGGUUCUGCCGAGCCUGGUGACGAGGGUUCCGGUGACGUCAAGUACCAUUUGGGUAUGAACUUCGAGCGGCCCACUCCUUCCGGAAAGCGCGUUCAGCUGUCUUUGGUUGCCAACCCUUCGCACUUGGAAGCUGAGGACCCGGUGGUCCUUGGAAAGACCCGUGCCAUCCAGCACUUCAACAACGAUGAGGUCGAGCACAAGACCGCCAUGAGCGUUUUGCUGCACGGUGAUGCUGCCUUCGCUGCGCAGGGAGUCGUAUACGAGACUCUCGGCUUCCACGCUCUGCCCGCUUUCUCUACCGGCGGUACCAUCCACGUCAUUGUCAACAACCAGAUCGGUUUCACCACCGACCCGCGGUUUGCGCGCUCCACCCCGUACUGCUCGGACAUUGCAAAAUCUAUCGACGCUCCCAUCUUCCAUGUCAACGCCGACGACACCGAAGCCGUCACCUUCGUUUGUCAACUGGCUGCCGACUGGCGUGCCGAGUAUAAGCGCGAUGUCGUCAUCGAUCUCGUCUGCUACCGCAAGCACGGGCACAACGAGACCGACCAGCCCAGCUUCACCCAGCCGCUGAUGUACAAGAAGAUUGCCGAGAAGGACCCUGUUCUCUCCAUGUACAUCAAACAGCUGAUGGAUGAGGGAACUUUCACCAAGGAGGAUAUCGAGGAGCACAAGAACUGGGUUUGGGGAAUGCUUGAGGAUAGCUUCUCAAAAUCGAAGGAUUACCAGGCGACCUCUCGGGAAUGGCUCACUAGUGCCUGGAACGGCUUCAAGUCACCCAAGGAGCUGGCUACUGAAGUCCUUCCUCACUUGCCCACCGCUGUCUCCGAGGAAAACAUCAAGGAGAUUGCCAAUGUCAUCUCCUCAGUUCCCGAGUCGUUCACGGUUCACCGCAACCUGAAGCGUAUUCUAGCCAACAGGAAGAAGGUUGUCGAGGAGGGUACUGGGAUUGACUGGGCUACCGCCGAAGCGCUCGCUUUUGGAAGUUUGCUCAGAGAGGGAAAACACAUCCGUGUGUCCGGACAAGAUGUCGAGCGUGGUACUUUCUCCCAGCGUCACGCCGUCCUCCACGACCAGGAAAAUGAGGGAACCUAUACUCCCCUUCAGCACGUCUCUGAGGAUCAGGCCUCGUUUGCCAUCUGCAACUCCUCCCUGAGUGAGUUCGGAGCCCUCGGUUUCGAGUACGGAUACUCGCUUACUUCUCCUGAUGCCCUCGUCAUGUGGGAGGCGCAAUUCGGUGACUUUGCCAACAACGCUCAGUGCAUCAUUGAUCAGUUUAUCGCCUCCGGAGAGUCCAAGUGGCUCCAGCGUACCGGUCUGGUAAUGUCGCUUCCUCACGGUUACGACGGACAAGGACCCGAGCACUCUUCAGGCAGGAUUGAGCGAUACCUUCAGCUCUGUAACGAAGACUCCCGUGUCUUCCCCUCGGCUGAGAAGCUCGACCGCCAGCACCAGGACUGCAACAUGCAGAUUGCCUACAUGACUACCCCCGCCAAUCUGUUCCACAUCCUGCGAAGACAGAUGAACCGCCAGUUCCGCAAGCCGCUCAUCAUCUUCUUUUCCAAGGCGCUCCUUCGCCACCCUAUUGCGCGCUCCGACCUUGCGGAUCUCACUGGCGAGUCACACUUCCAGUGGCUCAUCCCCGAUCCUGCCCACGCCACUGGCGCCCUCAAGGCACCCGAGGAGUGCAAGCGUCUGCUCGUGUGCACCGGUCAGGUGUACGCGCAGCUCCACAAACACCGCGCGGCCAAAGGUGUAGACGAUGUAGCAAUUGCGCGGGUGGAGCAAUUGCACCCAUUCCCCUUCGCCCAGCUCCGUGACGAGCUGGAGAAGUAUCCGAAUGUGGAGGAGAUUGUUUGGACUCAGGAAGAGCCCCUCAACGCCGGUUCUUGGGCGUACGUGCAACCCCGCAUGGAGACCAUCCUCCGACAGUCUUCCAAACAUUCGGACAAGCACAUCCGAUACGCUGGCCGUGCGCCGAGUGCCUCAACUGCCACCGGCAUCAAGUCUGGCCACAUCCGGGAGGAGGAGGAGCUUCUUAACCAGGCUCUCGGUCUGGCGCCGUUGGAGUAGGUAAAUAACAAUUGAUGAGCUUUUUUUCCGUGCCGUUAGAGGGUGUAAGGAGGGGUGUUUGGUUUUUUUGCUUUCUCUUUACACGUGACUUUUCCAUCUUUUCCUUGGCUUUUUUCUUAUUUGGCUGCGAUGUGGGUUCUCUUUUCUUUUCCUUCCCGUUCUUAGUUGUUUUGGCACCCGAUAACUUGCUUGCUUUAA